GACAAGGCAGCGCACGCUUUUCUUUCCAUGGUAAAAUUCCUUUUGCGUCGCCGACACUUUCCUCCCCCGGGAUUUUGACCUCGGAGUUUCCCCUCUCGUCUCUUCAAACGUUCAAACGAAAGCAGACAAGAACCCGUUUGCUUAGCCGUGCGAAACUCUUCCCCACGCGGCCCGGCAUUUCUUCACGGUUCAUCGGAUUGAUGUCACAUCCUCUCCCUGUCUUGCUUUGAAUACCAUUCUUUCCCUUUUUUUUAAGUUUCGUUGACGAGCCCAGAAGAGGGUGGCGUUAGGUAGGCCGGUGUUGUGUUGGCGGCAAUUUCGCAGAUUUUAAAAUGGACAUGGUGGGAUUGAGCCCCGGAUGGCCACAAAGUUUAGAGAACCGAAUGACAUGUGGUAGAGCUUGGACAGUUGUUGCGCCAGGAUAGAUCUCUGGUGUUUCCGUGUAAAAAGACCGAGGGUGUGAGGUUAUUGCGAAGGAAGGAACGAUGACUGUUGAGACAGUUAAGGCCGUGACGCAGAAGUAUGUGUUGGUUGGUGUCCGGCUCGACGGCCAUAGCAGAGAGCUACUGAGUUGGGCUAUCGUGAAAGUGGCUGAACCGGGAGAUAGGGUACUGGCUAUCCAUGUUUGUCGAGAUGAUGCUUCACGAGAUGGGUCCAUGUUGGAUAACUAUCUGGAGGUUUAUGCAGGUUUAUGCAAUGCAAAGAAGGUGAAUCUCACAGGCCAGGUGCUGAGAGGGAGCUCGUUUAGGAAGGUCCUGGUGAGAGAGACCAAGAAUUAUGCUGCUGUGGCCCUACUCGUUGGGAUAGACAAGCAAGGUGCUCUCGGGGUACAUACUUCAACGGCCAAAUAUUGUGCCAAGCGGUUGCCGUCUUCUACUGAUGUGCUGGCCAUCCAUAACGGGAAAAUAGUCUUCAGGAGGUGUACCAAUAUUCAGCUUCCAGGAGUCAGAGGAGAUCCUAGACCCAGUCUGUGUCAAAGAGGAAAGGCCAGCACUCAAGAAACCUCGUCUGAGUUUGGUGAAUCCGAAGCUGAGUCUGAUAUUUCGACCACGGAAAGGAUUCAGAGCCGGAGAGAGGAAUUGCGUGCUAAUUAUAAAGAUGUGAAAAUCGGUGUCGCACGCGAAAAUAGGAUAGUUCUGUCGAGAUCGGCUUCUGAACUUGCUGGAAGCCACUUGGAGCAGAGACCCGGUUGGCCCCUGCUAAGGAGAGCUACUUCUGAUCCUCCACGGACUCUGAACGGAAGGAGCGUUUCUGUUGUUCAGUGGGUCAUGAGCCUGCCAGAUAGGUCUCUCUACCUGAACUCUCUACACCCUGAUACUAGAGAGAGCCCACCACCGAAAUAUCAUACCGAGACUGUGGAUGGAAGCCAUAAAAGUACUUCAUCAAAGGCAAGCAAGCUACUGAAACAGAUAGAGCUUUUGUUGAGAACAAAAUCGUCAGAUUGUGAAUUGUUUGAUUAUGAUGCCCUUAGAGACUCGACUUUGCAUUUCUCAUCAGAGCAUCUGAUUGGAAAAGGCGGCUCGAACUGUGUAUAUAAAGGCAUUUUUCCAGAUGGCACAACAGUGGCAGUAAAGGUCUUGAAGUCAUCAGUCAAAGCAAAUUCGAAAGAUUUUUUGCUGGAGAUGGACAUUAUCUCCUCGAUGAAGCAAAAAAACAUCACACCCCUUCGUGGAAUCAGUGUCCAACGUAACAGUUUAAUAUCCGUUUAUAAUUUCCUUUCCCGGGGGAGCCUGGAGCAAAACCUACACGGUGAUGGAAGAAACAAGCAUGCACUGUCGUGGGCUGUAAGGUAUAACAUUGCCUCGGGAGUUGCAGAAGCCUUAAAUUAUUUGCACAACGAAUGUGCUCGGCCCGUUAUUCAUAGAGAUGUCAAGACAUCGAACAUUCUUCUCACGAAUGAGUUUGAGCCGCAGUUGUCUGAUUUCGGGCUUGCAAUAUGGGGACCGCCAGCUUCAGCUUUUCUGACCAAAGUCGAUGUAGUUGGAACAUUUGGGUAUCUUGCACCGGAAUACUUCAUGUAUGGCAAAUUGAGUGAUAAGGUUGAUGUCUAUGCUUUUGGUGUGGUGUUGCUCGAACUCUUAUCAGGAAGAAAACCGAUAAGUUCCGACGCCCCCAAGGGACAAGAAAGUUUGGUCAUGUGGGCAAAGCCCAUCAUAGAGAGCGGGGAUUCAAGAAGCAUUCUGGACCCAGAUCUCGGUGGACACGUGGACGAGGUUCAAAUGCAAAGAAUGGUUCUUGCAGCUAGACUUUGCAUCACACGGUCAGCUAGGCUUCGCCCUAACAUGAACCAGAUUCUGAAGAUCCUAAACGGGGACAUUAAUGCUGACGAGUGGCUCAACUCUAAAACCAGUCAUUGGGUGGAUUCCGAAAUUUCGGAUGGCAACGACGAUGAAGUUUAUCCGAAUUCAAGUGCGGAGUUGCACCUGAGCCUCGCCUUGCUGGAUGUUUGUGAUGAUUAUACAUCGUUCAGCAGCACGGAACAGCGCAACAGCAUUUCAGUGGAUGAAUACAUGAAGGGAAGAUGGAGCCGAUCAUCGAGCUUCGAUUGACUUAUUAUGUACACUGUUACAAUAGGAAAAAAAAUCCCUGGUGUAAGUAAACUCGUGGAUGUUCAUUAUAGUGUAAAUCAAUUCUGGCAAUGUCCAUGUCCCGAUGGA